AUGAGCCGGAAGCUCGCCCCCGAAGCCAAUCGGAUUCUCUUUGUAAAGAACCUCAACUACAACGUCACAGCUGAGCAACUCUUUGACCUCUUCGGCAAAUUUGGUCCCAUCCGCCAAAUACGUCAGGGAAUCGCCAACAACUCGAAGGGCACAGCCUUUGUGGUUUACGAAGACGUUCAUGACGCCAAACAGGCAUGCGAUAAGCUCAAUGGGUUCAACUUCCAGAACAGAUACCUCGUCGUUCUAUAUCACCAGCCUGAGAAAAUGCUUAGGUCGAAAGAGGACUUGGCGGAAAGGCAAGAGAAUUUGGAGCGUCUCAAACAGCAACAUGGGAUAGAAUGA